GUUCAGCGCUUCCGCCCAUGCCGUCUCACGCGCGGGCGGAGGGACGGCCGGGCGCCCUGCCCAAAGUCCUGACAGAGAACGCCUUGCUUUCUGUGUUCUGGGCCGUUUCGAGAUGAUAAUAGCCGUUACGAGAUGCUUUCUCCGCGCACAGGACCUCGUUGCGACGAGCUCCCUCCCCUUUCGACGUUUUCGGGCUGCCGAUCCAGAAAGACCUGCUGUGGCCUGUCGUGCAUGGAGCCAUGCGUCUACCCCACAAUGGGAUGUUAUUAAAGCGUUCUGUCAAAGCUUGGCCUCGGUGGCGUGUUUAUAACACAAAGGCUGGUGCGUGCCAUGGGCGAGCGACGGCACACAUUGGCUCGCUUCCCGUAGCGUUCGACCUCCGCCCGCCGGCUGUGUGAAAUCUCUGUUUCUGUACGGCCCGGGAGCAGUUACGAGCGAAAGCGUCUUUUCCCUGCGCAGCAUUUGGCCUCUAAUACCCCGCAAAUUUUCAUUUCGACGGACGGCACGUGCAUCUAGGCGAAGCCCCUGCUGCGUUGGCGGCAUUUUGGGCAUGCGAUCGUCCUGCGGUUGAAGACACGGCCACUCGCCAUUCAUCAAGCAACGCCCGGCCGCAUCGAAUCGCUGCAAGGCAGAAAAAGAGGUUGCGUUGAGCGUCCCACCCAUCGUCCUGUCGACCGCUGCAGUCCACCUUCGGGGCUUUUUCUUCAGUUCCUCUCGAACUUGUCAGGUAAGAUCGAGCCCGCCCAAGUGCCAUCGCCGCACAGCGCACGCCUCCACACGGCCGUUUCCUUAGCGCCCUGCUACGCCGACCACACACUGGCAUAGCGCCAGUCCUGCCGUCGUCGCGCAAAGCCGCCCGCCCCACAGCCAGGCCUCUUCUUGGGUCGCGUCUCGUCCAGACCUGCACCUCGAGACCUCACCAGACCCCAAAUCCCCCCUCCAGCUCCUCAGAUCCUGGGGACCAGCGUCGCCUUCUUGGGACGACUGGCUAGACGUAUAACCGUCGCUCAGGGACGGCCGGUGCUGGAUCUUCUUCGUCGUCGUCGACCUUCAUGUUCUCCCACACCUGCCUUUCCCUCCCGCGCGCAUUCGCUCUGACACAGCACAAGGACGAACAUCAGAUCCUCCUCAAGAGCGCGACACAUCCCACCGGGCGAACCCUCUUGACGACCAUCAAGCUUUCUUGACCGACCGCUCCGCUCUUCCAUGUGCGCACCAUUUCCAGCCCACUUGCUUUAGAUUGUCCCUGUACCGCCUUUCGAACGACGCUGCGAUCUGCUGGGAUAGAGUGGUUCCAAGGCGCAUAACACUACUCCACAUAAUUCCUUGGACGCCUCCGUUCCGCCAAAAAAGCACGUGUAUUAAGAUAGAUUGUUCUGUACCGAUAGAUUGCACAAUUAGCCUCGUUUCCAGCUCCUGCAGGCACGUAUCAAGGAUCGGACGUGAAAGUCUUACUUUUUCUUCCAUUUCAAAGACGCUUUAAAUUGCUAAGCCUCAAAAAGUCCGGAAGCCUUAGAAACGACUGCACAAGAGCUCCAGACUCUGCAACACGAGCUUGCUUUACAGGGGGGGGUCUAUUCACCUCCAAAUUGCGCGAGAUUUGAAAAGGACGCAUCCGGGGCCCUUCUUAAAGUCACUCCUCGCGGCGCACCGUCGCAGGAAUCGCGUGGACCCGUACCUGUUCGAAAGGUUUAUGCGACGUCAAGGAUAGUGACUCGAGCGAUAGCCUCAGUCAACAGCCAUAGGCCCUUGCUACGUUCUUUGCUUCUUCGCGCCUCGUACAGUCUGGGGCAUAAAACAAAGACGCCUCGUGGUACGAUGUGAAGAUGGCUUCACCGAAUGUUGCAACCGCAAGCAAUGGCCAAAAUGGCCAUGGCCGCCCUCAGUAUCCUAAUCAGACAUUCUUUGAGAAAAAGAGCAUGACCGGACUACGAACAUCGACGCCUCAAUCCGAAGCCAUGGAGUCUUCCGAGGAUGAACGUGAGCCGUCUGCCGUCAUGUCAACUUCAAUGCAUUCAGCGAAAAGCACAUCUACCAACCCGGCGAUGGCACAGCGAAGGCCAUCAUGGCUGAGUGAAGUUCAGCAGUCUACAGCCCAGUCCAAACCGGCAAGGAAAUUUUCAGUCGGCGGCAUUUCACAUGCCUCGUCCGGCUCACAACCUACCACGCCAUUGAAUGAGAACGGCCCUUGGGAAACGUCAUCCAACGCUGGCCGUCCGGGAACAGGCGGCGCAAUGUGGGGCUCGCAGAUCUGGCAGAAGGACAGGCCGUCCCGACUUGUUGAAGUCAUGCCGUCGCCGGGAAGCUCGAUUCAUGAAGACUUGCGCUCGCCUACUUCGGUUGCUACCAGCGGUCUGCCUUUCGAGAUCCCAUUGGAGCCAAGCAGGAAAACCAUCCGCUCACAAUCCUAUUCAGCCGGUCAACUCGAGAAGAUACCGGGAAUGGAACACCUUCAGCAGCAGGCUAGCUACUCGCGUAUGCGCUCGGUAGUCCAUCGACCAAGCCGUCCAAGCAUGCUCGGUGAAGGCUCCCGAGACAUGCUAGGCUCGUUGCGUGAGGAUGAGGACGACACCGAAGACCUGAGCGGCUCCGACAACAGCUAUGGUGUGCCUCUCCGCACAACAACAAGCUUGCAGAAUCCUCCGCGAGCCCCGGCCUUCAGCGCGUUCACGAAAGCACCCAGCCCACUUCCCAACGGAGGCUACCGCAUGCAGUCUCGCAGUGGCACCUUCCCUCUCUCACCUGGCUCGGAUUAUGCCGUUGCCGAUGAGGACGCCAACGAUCAUUCAUCGGAUCUUAGUCGUGCCAUGGCGCGCAACGUCGUAGGCAGCAGCAACGUCUCAUCCACGACAGGCCUGACAUCUCUCACCACGGCUGGUGCUCGCUCCAAAUGGCAAUCCCAACUGGGCUUUGGCAUCGCUGAAGAUGGUAGUCAAAGCCGACGCCACUCUUUUGCGGCUGAGCAGUUGCCCAGUCGUACUCGCAACAACUCGAUGGCAACACCCACUUCGAUGGCAGUUCCUUCAGAACUGGGGCAAUCUGCACAGUAUGGCGGGUACAACACUUUCAACUCUCCAUUCGCAAAUAUGGAUCAGACUCAACAGAUGCCACAAGCCCUGACCCAUGAGGAACGUAAGUAUCACGGUUUCUCAAGUAUAAACAAUCGUCUUAAUUAUGAUGAAAUUUUCAAAUGUCUCCCGCGUGUCGAACGUGAAGAUCGCAAGCUCAAACAGAGGCAAGAGUUUGACAAAUUUUAUGCAGCAUCCUACUUCGGUGGCGCCGAAAACAUACGCCGAAACGUUCACGAUGCGACGGAGACCUACAACCCCUUUGCGCUCCCGAACGUCUUCAGUCGCCCGCAACGAAUUCUGUACCUGGUAGUUUUCAAAUGCAGCCGCGCCGACAUCUAUUACAUCCCCGAAAACACCGGCUUACAGGUGAAGACGGGCGACACGGUCAUAGUGGAGGGCGACCGCGGUCAGGACUUGGGCACCGUAGAGGCCAUCAACAUCACCAUGGACAUGGCGAAGAAAUUGAAAGAGGAGUAUUUACGAAAGCAGUACAAGUGCUUGAUGAUGUUUUCUAGAAUGUAUCCACACAUUGCUGCGAUUGCGAAUGACGACGAGCAAUUUGAACAGGCGAUCAUCGCGUCGAAGAACAUGCAGCAGAACGGUCUGCAUGGAGGGCAGCCCCAGCAAGAAUCCGAACCUCGGCCGAAGAUGAUCAAGCGAGUCGCUCGUCCGGACGAAGUCCAUCUCCUUCGAGAGAAGGAGGGCAAUGAGGCAAAGGCCAAGCGUGUCUGUCAAACCAAGGUCAACGAUCACGGGUUGCGAAUGGAGAUCCUCGAUGCUGAAUUUCAACACGACUACCGCAAACUUACCUUCUUCUACUAUGCCGAAGAGUAUAUCAACUUCAACGACCUCGUGACUGAUCUCUUUAAAGUCUACAAGACACGUAUCUGGAUGUCUGCUAUCAAUCCUGCUUCAUUCACAGGAGCUGGUAACCCUCAUACUGGACAACGUGCGCAGCAAUGGCCAAGACAAGGACCACAUGUCAACUAUAUGCGACCUCAAGAACCGCAGUUUUCCUUGGAUGGAGGGCGCACACAAUCACCGAACGACUACGAUACGCCUGCUGCGCGAGGCAAUCGCGAGUAUGAGCGUCUCUAUGGCAAUUCUGGCUAUCCUGCGACCAUGAGCCUGCCCGGGAUGGAUCGCAUAGCACCUGUCCUUCAUUCUGACUUCCCGCCGAACAUGCCAUCACCAUAUGGGCUGCAUGGAGGUGCUGGUGCUCCUUUCAGUCCCAGUGCCAGUCAGUUCACUCCAUUUGCUAACCAAUAUGGUAAUAUGGCAGCCGCAUGGUCACAGAUUCCCCCAGGCAUGGGCCAACCCUACCAAUAUGCAGAUCCUACCGCGAACUACUCGAUUGCUCCCAUUGGCGCCAACGCAAAUCCACCUUUGAGCCAGCAAACGGGCAGCUUUACUCCACGAGCUUCCUUAGCUCCCGGGCAAGGGCAGGCCCAGCGCCAGAAUCAAAGCCAGAAUCAAAACAAAAGUCAGCCGAGUGGCAGCAAUGGACAUCCAACCGGUAGCGAGCAAGACUUGAGCGCAAUGGAAGAUCAGUUGCGACGUUUCAAUUUGAACCAGCAACGCCCUCAGUGAACGAAAAAUUCCACCGAAAAAUAAAAUUGCAAUAGAUUCAAUACCCAUAGACAAGAUGCACUGAAAAGUCAUCUUGGAUUCGAACACACUUUUUACAUCCAACACGAAAAAAAUUGAUCUGGAAAUGAGAGAGCGAUAUAGACUUUUUGACGCAAAUCGGCAACGACGACACGACUUGCAUUCUCAGAGUUCAUGCAGACGGUCACUUCUGGCGCACUGAGUGCAAGCGCUCUUUCUCGCGUUUGUUUCCUCCUUUUCCUGGUCUUCUGACGAUGCAUUCAAAGUAAAGGCGGGUUGCUGGCGUGACAGGUGCUUUCAAUUUCAUCAACGUUCCCUCAUGUGAAGAACAAGCGCUAGGUCUUUCAGUUCUGUCUGACGUCGGCCACAGACGGUGCAUUUCAUCAGAACAGAGGUAUUACUUUCAUAAUGUCGAAGAAAAAGAGGGGGUGAUUUUUUUUUUUUUAUUCGUUUCAACCUUUACUUUUGAGUGAGUCUCUUCUUUCGGUCGGUUUAUCGACCAGACAUCAAAUUUGCUAAAUCGGUGCACUUUCAUACUCCUAGGUUAAAAGGUGAUUGGGGCAGUUAAAAGUCUUACGACAACACUUACGUUUUUUUUUUCCCCUUUAUGGGAUACAUAACAGUCAUUAGAUGUGGCAACAGCCUUUUAUUUCUCGUUUGCAGGAGGUUAUACUUAAUCAAAAUCGUUCGCUUGUUGAAUAUACUUCCGGCUAUCAGGCAAGGCGCUGAUUAGUUGUCAUACUUGUCUCACAAGACUGGAUCUACCCGAGUUUCUUUGGCUGCAGUGGCCUCUGCAUUGUUUGAAGACGGUGGCUGUCUUUGAGAGAACAAUAUAGUGGCUCACUUAAGGCAGAAGAAGCCCCAUAGAUUAUGAACAAUACCAAUGAGAAGACACCGGGAGCGGAUAUUGUGGUUUUCUUGAGAGAGUUCGGGAAUGGCAGUUGAAUAACACUUCUAGGAAGCUGCAUAGAGACGUCAUCAUACUUUGUGUUAAUCUUCUGGCUUCUUCAUUAGAACACAGGAGUGCUGUGAUGGGAUCAGCCACAUCAUCUGCAACCGCAGCAUCACAUUUAUCUGGUAUACCAAAGGAGCUGGAGGCUUGAGGCACUGAGCUGACCAAGGCCCGGGGAAACAGUAGCACUUUUAGACGUGACGCUCGCAGAGGGGAAGAUACAUGAACAUAAUUUGGGCAUGCUCCACCACCUUAUACCGUACAAUUGCAAAUGAUCC